AACGCCUGUAAUAACAAAUAAAAAAGUAGUAGUUACUAUUUAGUAGUCAGAUUUGUUCACACUUGGUUUGGUUGGUUGGUUGGUUUGUUUGUUUGUCUGAGUUUUGCCAUUUCUCUCGCAUCUCACACACAGUAGACGCCGGGAUCAGUGGUUGAGAGAAGAUGACGGGAAGCUCUAAGGCGUCGUUUUGCUCGAUGAAAGAUUUCCUGAAGCAGACAGGCGGGUUUGCGGUGAUAGACGGCGGGCUUGCAACGGAGUUCGAGAGACAUGGAGCAGAUCUCAACGAUCCUCUCUGGAGCGCCAAAUGCCUUGUCACUUCUCCUCACCUCAUUCACUCCGUGCACCUUGAUUACCUUGAAGCUGGUGCUGAUAUCAUCUCCAGCUCUUCUUAUCAGGCCACGAUUCAGGGGUUUCAAGCCAAGGGCUUUUCAAUAGAGGAAAGUGAAUCUUUGCUUACAAAGAGCGUGGAAAUAGCUUGUGAGGCUCGGAACACGUAUUAUGACAAAUGUGGUACUAGCUCCUCCAUGGAUGAUAUCAUUCUUAAAAAGCGGCCUAUAUUAGUUGCAGCAUCAGUAGGUAGCUAUGGCGCAUACUUGGCUGAUGGAUCAGAAUACAGUGGAAUCUAUGGUGAUUCGAUCACGCUGGAGAAACUGAAGGAUUUUCACCGCAGACGAGUCCAAGUUCUGGCGGAAUCUGGUGCUGAUUUAAUAGCAUUUGAGACCAUUCCAAACAAGAUAGAGGCUCAGGCAUUUGCUGAGCUGUUAGAGGAGGGAGAUGUGAAGAUUCCUGGGUGGUUUUCAUUCAACUCAAAGGAUGGCGUAAAUGUGGUUAGCGGGGAUUCCAUCAAGGAAUGUAUCGCCAUAGCUGAAUCUUGUGAGAAAGUAGUGGCGGUUGGAAUCAACUGUACUCCUCCAAGAUUCAUAGAGGGGCUAGUUAAUGAGAUAGAAAAGGUGACAAGCAAGCCCAUACUAGUGUACCCAAACAGUGGAGAGAGCUAUGAUGCUGAACGGAAGGAGUGGGUUGAAAACACAGGAGUUGGGGAUGAAGACUUUGUAUCAUACGUGGAGAAAUGGAUGGAUGCAGGAGUGUCUCUCCUGGGAGGUUGCUGCCGCACAACACCAACCACCAUCAGAGCCAUCCACAAGAGACUUGUCAACCGCAGAUCUCAUUAGCUCUCAACUUGACUCUCUUCGAUGAAUCUCUCUGGACCUUGGCAAUAGAUUUUGUAACCAAACAAUUGUUUCCCUUAUCCAUUUAAAAAAAAAAAAAAGAAGUUAAAAAUUACUAAAGCCUUGGCUGUAGGUACGUGCUCCUCCUACUAAUGUCUCAUGUUCCUCUGACGAAGGGACUGAUUCUCAUCUAUCAUUAGAAAGAUUAAUAGCGCUUUGUUUUGAGAUUUAUUACUAAAAAAGAUCAUUGUGACUUGUGAGUA